CGCAAGAAGCCAGCCAAACCAAUGCGCCAUGGGGAGCCCGAGCGCCAGCACCACCUCGCCUUCCUCCUCGUCCUCCUCCUCCGCUGCCGCCUCCAGCGAGGAGACCCACACCCGCCGCGGCGUGCACGUGCUGCUCCUGCCGGUCCCGGGUGCGCAGGGCCACACCAACCCGAUGCUCCAGUUCGGCCGCCGCCUCGUGUACCACGGCCUCCGGCCCACGCUCGUCACCACCCGGUACGUCCUGUCCACCACGGCUCGGCCCCCGCCCAGCCCCUUCCGCGUCGCCGCCAUUUCCGACGGCUUCAAUGACGGCGGUAUGGCCGCGUGCCCCGACCUCGCCGAGUACUGUCGCCGCCUCGAGGCCGUCGGCUCGGAGACGCUGGCGGAGCUGCUCCGCUCCGAGGCCGCCGAGGGCCGGCCCGUCCGCGUGCUGGUCUACGACCCGCACCUCCCGUGGGCGCGGAGGGUGGCGCGGGCGGCGGGCGUCGCGGCCGCGGCGUUCCUGUCGCAGCCGUGCUCCGUGGACCUCAUCUACGGCGAGCUGUCGGCGGGGCGGCUCGCGCUGCCGGUCACGGACGGCGCCGAGCUGUCCAGGCGAGGACUGCUCGGCGUCGAGCUUGGGCCCGACGACGUGCCGCCGUUCGCCGCGAAACCGGACUGGUGCCCCGCGAUCACUCAGACGUUGCUCCGGCAGUUCGAGGGGCUGGAGGACGCCGACGAUGUGCUCGUCAACUCGUUCCGCGACAUCGAACCCAAGGAGGCAGAUUAUAUGGAGCGAACAUGGCGCGCAAAGGCAAUCGGACCAUGCUUGCCAUCAUUCUAUCUCGAUGACGAGCGUCUUCCGUCAAACAAGACAUACGGCUUCGACCUAUUCACCACCACUGUCUCGUGUAUGGCUUGGCUUGACAAGCAGGCUCCUUGCUCCGUUGUCCUUGUAUCCUAUGGGACUGUAUCCGAAUACGACGAAACACAGUUGGAGGAGCUUGGCAAUGGACUCUGCAAUUCUGGCAAACCAUUUCUUUGGGUUGUGAGGUCAAAUGAGGAACACAAGUUGUCAGAUCAACUCCGUGAAAAGUGCAAGGAACAUGGCCUUAUUGUUUCCUGGUGCCCCCAACUUGAGGUCCUAGCACACAAGGCUGCAGGAUGUUUCUUCACGCACUGCGGAUGGAACUCAACACUUGAGGCAAUUGCUAAUGGCAUACCAAUGGUUGCAAUGCCGCAUUGGGCAGACCAGGCAACCAUAUCAAAAUACAUGGAGAGCAUGUGGGGUAUGGGCUUGCGAGUGCGCAAGGAUGAGACAGGCUUGGUGACAAGGAAUGAGGUUGAACGGUGCAUCAAGGAAGUGAUGGAUGGGGAUAGGAAGGAUGAGUUUAGGAGGAAUGCCGCUAAGUGGAUGCACAAGGCUAAGGAGGCGAUGCAGAAAGGAGGGAGCUCAGACAAGAAUAUAGGCGAAUUUGCUGCAAAGUAUUCAUCACGUUAA